CGUACCUUAAACUCGUCAUCAUCCGCCCAUAUCAGUAGGUCAAACAACACAUAGCCUUCUUUUAACAUCACCAACCAACAUCGUAUUCAAUCACAUAGUUGUACUACGAAUUGUAAGGGAGGUACAGACGCCGAGAUUAUUUUGUUCCAUUUUUCUUAUCAUAUGAAUACUCAAUCUCACCGCGUGGGAUCCACAAUUAACAAUCACAGCCAUUCAGGGUCUCGCUGUUAGUGACGUGCCAUCCCAUCCAUCCACCUUGUGAACUUCUUUUCUACCCCAACCUUUUCCCCACCAAUCCAACUCCGUGCGCUUUGGGCUGCUGCUACAGCUCAAUUACCUUCAACAUUCCUCCUUCAAAAUCAUCUCGUCGCCCUGCGAACAUACCAUUACGAACAUUGUCUACGGCACAUCGGUCGACUCCUAACCAAGGAUUGCUGGGCUCGGACGAGAAGCAGGGUCGGCGGCCUCCCCUUUCGCGCUCAUCGUCACCUGGCUCCGAAUUUUCGUGGAGUGACACAGGUGAUCUCGCAGAGCAACUUGCAGACGAGGAAGACCCGUUACAAAUUCGAUUACGAGCAUCCCUUGACGAAGAGGUUUUUGGUGGCUCUUCCAAAAGAAAGACAAGAAAAAGGGUUCGAUAUAACGACGAGACCAACGGCAAGGAGGAGAAACACUAUCAUCCUGGACUUGUUAAAGAGGAUAUCGAAAUUCCCGAUCCUGGCCCUCGACAGAUCAGUAGAGCUGAGCAUAUCUUAGCUGCAAUCAUGACGGGAGGUGAGAGGCAGAUGCACGGCCUGACCGGCCGGCCAUUAGUGUAAGGAUAUCGGUUGAUAUACUCUGCGCGUAGAACUGAUGAUAAGACAGGUAUUUUACAAGUAUUUUUGUAUCAUUAGGUGUGUUUUUAUUUGGAUAUGAUCAAGGAGUUAUGUCUGGCAUUAUCACGUACGUAUAAGUCUGCCUAAUUGGGUUUCCACUUUUGGCUAAUUGCCUCGAAGCGGACCUUACUUCAAAGAUUAUUUCAAUCAACCUUCUCGAGCCGAGGUUGGUACUAUGGUUGCUAUCUUGGAAAUCGGCGCAUUCAUUUCAUCUCUUGUUGUCGGAAAGGUCGGCGACAUAAUUGGGCGAAGAAAGACAAUUUUAUAUGGGUCCUGCAUCUUCUUCGUUGGAGGGGCACUUCAGACGUUGGCCACUGGCAUGCCUGUGAUGCUCCUUGGUCGUAUUAUUGCAGGUGUCGGUGUUGGAAUGCUGUCAACGAUUGUGCCCAUAUACCAAUCAGAGAUAUCACCCCCUCAUAACCGCGGAAAGCUCGCCUGUAUCGAAUUUUCGGGCAAUAUCACAGGAUAUGCGACCUCUGUAUGGGUGGACUAUUUCUGCAGUUUCAUCAAGGGAAAUAUGUCAUGGAGAAUACCUUUAUUGAUGCAGUGCGUCAUGGGUGCUCUUUUGGGUGUCGGAAGUUUGAUCAUCGUCGAAUCACCACGGUAUUUAUUAUUCGUUGCCUAAAUUAUACGUUUGACUGAUCCCAUUUAGAUGGCUUUUAGAUAAUGACCACGAUGAAGAGGGUAUGGUGGUUAUUGCCAAUCUUUAUGGCGCUGGUGACAUUCAUAAUCAGAAGGCACGAGAGGAAUAUCGGGAAAUCAAGAUGAAUGUAUUGAUGGCUCGCCAAGAGGGUGAGAAAUCUUACAAAGAUAUGUUUCGACGAUAUCGUACCCGAGUCUUCAUCGCUAUGUCGGCUCAGGCUUUCGCUCAACUCAAUGGCAUCAACGUCAUUUCAUACUAUGCUCCACUUGUCUUCGAAUCAGCAGGUUGGCUUGGCCGUCAGGCGAUUUUGAUGACUGGCAUCAACGCUAUCACGUACUUCAUGUGUACCAUACCGCCAUGGUAUCUGGUAGACCGUUGGGGUCGACGUUUCAUUCUUCUUAGCGGUGCAGUCGCUAUGGUUAUAUCGCUGUCCGCCAUAUCUUACUUCCUAUUCUUAGACAUACCAUCUACACCUACUUUGGUAGUCAUAUUUGUUAUGAUAUAUAAUGGUGCUUUUGGGUUUAGUUGGGGGCCAAUCCCAUGGCUUUAUCCACCGGAGAUUCUACCCCUCAGCAUUCGAUCCAAAGGAGCCAGUUUGUCUACUGCAACGAACUGGGCUUUCAACUGGCUCGUAGGAGAGUUGACGCCUAUCCUACAAGAAAUAAUCACAUGGCGUCUAUACUUGGUCCAUGCCUUUUUCUGUGCAACAAGUUUCGUCGUCGGUAAGUCUACUUCUGGUGCUUCUCAUGUUUUGAAACCUAACAACUUGUAGUAUACUUCAUCUAUCCUGAGACAGCCGGCGUAAGAUUGGAAGAUAUGGACAUGAUCUUCGGUGACGCGACUACAGCAAUGCCCACGCCAGCAACCAGGGCCGAAACUGGAUCGUUGAUGGGCGCCAGCUCCCCUGUCCCAUCUGUUGAUCUGAGACGUGGAUAUGGAGGCUCGAAUGGUAUUGGCCCUUCAAGUGCCAUCCCUGGUCUUGAUAUCGAUCCACCAAAUGUUUCAAUAGUCAAUGGAAAACCUCAAUAUGGGGCAGAUGAAGAGUCGGGAGAAGGUGUCGGAGGCUGGAUCUCACGUAUGGUGAACCGGAACAAGGGCGAGGGGGGCAGUAUAAAAAGUGGAAAGUAUAAAGCAUUAGAUCAAGACGAGGAGUGAGCGUCGUUAUACUGGUAGGAUAUUAGAUUGGAAUUAGCAAGAAGCGGGCGUCAAUGGAAGGUUGAAGGAUGUGGAGUGUAAAACCAGUGCCAUCUAGAGCACGUAUAGAAUGUGAAUUUAUCGGGAUUUGUAGAUUAUUUCUAAAGACUAGGUAUUUUUACACUUUAUUAGGGACUUAAUUUACAACUAAACUCUCCCCGAUACAAUAUGCAUUGAA